AUGCAGCACACGACUAUGCGGUAUGACGAGGCUGAUGAGCAAAACGCCGAUUUCGGUACAGGAAGAGAUGCCGGAGCCAGGAAAUACAGACGCACCGGGCGAGAAGGCCAUCCUUACCCAUCCAGGACAGAUACAAAGACGCUGUUAGACCAACUCAGGCAGAAGGAUGAGAAGAUCAAGGGCCUCGAGCGCCAACAUGAGGAAGACCAGGAUUCAUACCGGCAACUUCAGGAGAGUGUGCUGCAAACCCUUGAGCCGGCGGUGUGGGCACCUCCAGACGACAGUGACACCAGGGAGUGGCUCAUGAGAUUUGCAAGAGAUGCAAAGAAAUGGUCAAGAACGGAAGGUUUGACAAUUUCAAGCGUCGAUCAGAUCGGCGAAUCUCAGGCCGGAGAGAUAGUGCGGCGCGGAAUCCUUGAGAAUGUCUUGAGUGUGCAACUUUCUGACGAGCGCAUCGGCAAGGUCAAGGUUCACAUCCUACUUGAAGCUCUAUUGCAACAAUUCGUCUCUUCCAAACUCCUGGAUGACUGGUCUUUCUUUCUUUAUCGCCGCCUUAGAUUUCCAGGCACACUCGAAAGCGAGUUACCGGUAGGGAUCGCCUCGGAGAUCUUGUAUCCUGUCAAUGCGCUAUUCAAGGAAUUGGAGAAAUGUGACCCUAAAGGAGCGCAUUCCGUACGCUCACAGAUUCUCAGGAUAAUGUAUCCACCAAAACCAACGGACAGCGGGACGAAUCAGGAGUUCAUGAGGAAUCUCAUCGAUGAUGCCAUCAAAGCCCACUGUUCCGAUCUGAGCAGAACCUUCCUACAACAUGUCUCUCCACUUCUCAAUCACCCUUACCCACCAGCUGUCGAAACGCAGCUCCAGACCAUACUUGAGUCUAUCGGCAAAUUUGCGUACCAGCUAUGGACACAGAAGACGUUAUUCAUGACUCGAGGGCUUCGUGGUGAUGAACCCCUCCCGUCAAAAUUUUACUCUAAUUCAGAGGAGAUGGAUCACCAUGAUGUGCACUUGAACAUCUCUCAGGAUGAUCCCACAGCACUCGACGGUUGGCAGGUUGCGUUGGUCGUGCAGCCUGCCGUAAUCCGCAAAGGAGAUCGGGAAGGGUUCGAUCCAAACAUCGUGACCAUUCUCAAGAAGGCAGUUGUGUUCCUUGUCCCCAGUUCGUAG